AUGGCAGAAGGGGAUAGCCUAGUGAGCAGUUUGGGAGGUCAGGGGGAUGUCGCAGGGGUGGAAGUGAUGGUGCCUUCGCUGGCUGGCUCCUCGGAGCUGUCGUCCGGGGUAGUUUCUGGAUUUCGAAGGGCGUUGGUGUGGGCCGACGGCGGAGAAGCGGCGGCAGCGGCGGUAUGUCCCUCCGUUGUGUCUAGUCUGAACGGCAUUCCCGGAAGAGGUGCGGAAAGCGCGGAUGCUUACAGCAACGACGACACCGGCGGAGAACAUGCGAACUGGUCAAGAAACCUCCCUGGUGAAGGAAAUCGCGACAACCACCCGAAGCCAACACAACGCUUGCAUCGCGAAGGCAGCGGUGACAGCAAUGGCAACGACAGGGACGAUGAUUACGCUUUAAGCAGCAUCGGUGGCGGCGACGAUGCUGAUGGGCGCUUUGGAAACGGCGGAGGCACCCACGGUAGACUCAGCAGGGGCGGUGGGGGGAGAUUUACUAGGCGCGAACCAGAAGUGAAGGGAGUCGGCGCCCCGGGUGGUGAUGGGUACAAGCUUGAUGAACGAUUGAAGGAGAGCCUGACGUGGAGAUGGCCGAGUAUGUGCUCCACGGUGGAUACCAGAGGCACGAACGACGACCUCUCGCCGCAGAAACCUCCCAAAGGGAGCUAUCUUCGGCAGCGCGGAACCACACUGCAGGUACUGGUCGUCCAGGAGAACCUCCACCUAGCAUUGGAGCGCCUCGCCGAGGCUAUUCAAGUACAGGUGCACUCGGUCUCGUCGAGGACAUUUGCUGAGGAGAUCUUGCGAGGGCCUCCGGGCGGAGAGCCGCCGGAGCGGUACUGCGGAGCCUCCAUGCGAAAGGGGUGCGAGGUCAUUGGUCUUGCCAGUACGGCAUGCAUGACGAUGAGUACAGCCCCCCCCCCCACCGGGGUGACUCGUACCUCACCAACCCUCGUUAUGCAGGAUUUUCGCGAAUUUUUUGACAACGAAGAGGAACUGGUUGCCCGGCAACAGCAGCCGAAGGCCUAUGCCCACCUGGGAGGUCUGCGCGAAGACGGAAAAGCGAAGUACGUGUUCGAUCGGACAAGCCACACUCGGAAGGGCUCGCUGGCCGCUCAUUUGCGGGGAGACUACGAGCCUCACCCGAAGGGUUAUCGGGGCACCAACGUCCACUCCGUGGCCGACUGGCGAAGGCCCAACACCACCCUCGACAGAUAUGCCAUCACCGGCAGGGAGGCAAUGGAAAGAGUGGCAAAGUCCGACAGGCAGUUGCGGAACCAGGGCGUUUGGGUCAGGCAACACACGAAAGCGAGAGAACAGCGCAGACAGCGCGCGAACCACCUCCUGGAGGUUUAUCGAUCCGAGCUGCUGAAGGAACAGCUCCGGGAGAUAGAGGCGCUGCACCUUGCCCCCGGAGAACAGCACGCGCACGCCAUCAAAAACAUGAAAGACCAGAUGUUAGGCGCCGACCGCAUCAUGCGCACCUUAAUGCGCUAUGGACUGGUCGGAAACAUGGAGUAUGCCCACUACGUCAAGUACGCGGCAGAUGCAGCGCAGCGAGCGGGGUUGGCAUCGACAAUCGGCGCCGCUGCCGCCAAUAUGAAGGCUGGUGGUGGUGGUGGCGCUGGCAAUGGUACCGCCAGCGAGCGUCCGAACGGAGACGGUGGCGUUGUGAAAGCAAGCAGCAGAAAGUCUGCUAUAGUGGCGACGAAGAAGAGGGCAGGAUCGAAACACGAGGUUGGCGACGAUACGGGCGAACAGGUGAAUCGACAGGCCGUUUCGGUACGCACCGCAGGGUCCCUGAUUCAAUCGGAACGACUCCGAACGUUUAGUCUUGCAGGACACCCCCUUCGCCGGGGUGUGGAACAUGACACAACCGCAGUUCCGGCGUUGAUUCCCAUUCCCGAAGGCUUCGGUCAUGCGAACGGACAACACAAGUCUUUUGUGGCGGGUCGAAUCAUCGAGGCGUUGCGAGCAAGCCAGGUUAACGCAAUUACCGGCAGACAAAAACGGAUCGCGGUACCGCUGUGGCAUCGAGCCACCGACGACAUGGAUUCCUCAGGAGCCGGCAGCGUUCUCUACUCGGACUUGAUUGGCCACACGUACUCCGUGCUCGUGGGACCAAAGCGGGGGAUUGUGGGUCGAAGACAGGGGACGGGAUAG